GCCCGCUCAUAUACAGCCCAUAACGAACACAUUUUUAACGUUAAAAAAUUAAAUGUUUUUGGCAAAUUGACAAAUAAACAACCCAUAUAAACCUUGAUAUUUUUGCGGCCAUGUUUGAUAUCAUUUUUGACAGUAGCUAACCGGAUUGGUAUGCUGUGAAUCCGCGGGUGUUAUCUGUUUGCAUCUGCAUUUAACUAUCGUUUUUUUAUUCUAAACUCUAAUUUUACUAAUUAAUAAGUAGUAGAAUACUGUUUUCAUUAUUUUUUCCUAAAAAGUGUCAUGAUAACUAGGAAAACUAAACGGCCGAAUUUCUGCACGGUUGAUUUUCGUAAUGGUGCAACCUGGCCAGCACACAAACCAUCUGAAAACGGUUGGGCGAAGAAGUAUCGCGUAAUCGCGAAUGGUGGUUAUGAGUAAACAUCUUUCCCCAAAGCAGCAGCAGCGGCAGCUUUUGUGAUGUGAAGUAAAUGGAAGAGAGUGAAAUAUAGCGCUUUAACCAGUGAAGUGAUUUCAGUCCAACAAAAAAGACGGACGGCAUCGUAUGGGCGAAAGCGUUCCGCUCAAAUAUGUGGUCUGAUCAAUUUGACAGUAGUAGGCGUUUGUAACGAUGGUGUGUAACGCACGUCAUUAAUAUAGUGAAGAGCAUCCAUAUAUUCUUCUUGCAUAUUCAAGAGGAAGUAAAAAUAGUGAUUAUUUGUUAUACAUCGAAUGUAAUGUGCAAAGUUGCGAAGCAAAGCCAAACAAAACCGAUCAAAUAUGGCAAUUUAAUGAUCAAUUAUCUAAAUCAUUGUUGAAGCAAAAGUCAAAUCCAACGAAACACAGCAACUUUCCGCAUCGAAGCUCUCCGCGCGAAGGUUUAGUUGGAUGGUGAAACAAACGCAAACACGAUAGGAAGAUUGAAAAUUCACAACACACACACACACACACACACACACACACAGCUGCCGAUCACCAUCCAGCAAGCAGUCGAACGUUGAAGGAUAACUCCUUCAAGUUAUUAAAAUGUCCGAUCCAGAUACGGUCUGGCUUGAGGAGCUUCUGAAGGAUGUUCAGCUGGAGCAGUUUCUACCAAGGAUACGGGACGAGCUGCAAGUGACCCGGUUAGCCCAUUUCGACUACGUACACGUCGAUGAUCUGGAAAAAAUCGGACUCGGUAAGCCGGGUAUCAGGCGUCUGCUGGAAGCGGUUAAAAAGCGCAAAGCACAACAGUGGCGCCGUAACAUUCUUUCGAAGCUGAUCGGUGGCGGUAAACAGCAGCCACCGAAAAAAUCCACUGCAGGCACGGGACAGAAUGAAGAACCGUCCGCAUUGGCCCUUACCUGCCUGAUCCACGAAAAGGACGUUACACUUUCGGUGAAGCUGGGCGACGGUUCGUUCGGUGUGGUACGACGCGGUGAAUGGCAUGCACCCGGCAACCAUCUAGUGCCGGUUGCCGUCAAGGUGCUGAAAGCGGACACACUUGCACAGCCCGGUGUGAUAGAGGAUUUCUUCAAAGAGGUACAAGCGAUGCAUGCCAUGAAUCAUCCGAACCUGAUCCGACUGCACGGUGUCGUACUGUCGCAGCCGAUGAUGAUGGUGACGGAGUUGGCGGUAAACGGUUCGCUGCUGGAUCUGCUCCGCAAACAGUGCAAACACACACCACUGCCGAUGAUCUGGAGCUGGUCGGUACAGAUUGCAACUGGCAUGGCGUACCUUGAAAGCAAACGGUUCCUGCACCGCGAUCUUGCCUGCCGUAACGUGUUGCUUGCCGCCGGGAAUAAGAUUAAGAUCGGUGACUUUGGUUUGAUGCGUGCACUGCCCCAGCAGGAAGAUUGCUACGUGAUGACCGAGCACAAGAAGGUACCGUUUCCUUGGUGUGCACCGGAGUCGCUCCGGUAUCGCCAGUUCAGCCACGCAUCGGACACGUGGAUGUUUGCGGUUACGCUGUGGGAGAUGUUUACGUUCGGGGAGGACCCAUGGGUGGGAUUGAACGGGUCACAGAUCUUGCGCAAAAUUGACCGGGAAGGAGAACGGUUGCAUCAUCCAGAUGCGUGUCCACCGGAUGUUUACCAGCUUAUGUUACAAUGUUGGGACAAAACACCCUCCGAGCGACCUACCUUUGCAGCGAUCAAGGAGUUUCUCACAGGCGUUCCACCUCCGAUCUAUCGUGCGGUAACGAAUUAUACCGCAGAAAAUCGUCUAGCUGUGCAACAAGGUGACACGAUAGUAAUAGUCGAUGAUCGACUGGAGUUGCAGUUUAUAAAAGGGCAAAAUCAACGGACGUUCGAUAUUGGCACAAUUCCGAGGGGAGUUGUCGUCGAUGCGCGAAAGUCUUCUUCCAGCUCUUCUGGUGGUUCUAGUUCAACGAUAAGCCGUCCACUACAUGAUUCAUUUCGGCACACGGGGCAUGGUUCUCCAUUCGGUGCAUCCUGGGGUAAUCCCGCUAGUCUGGAGAUGGAAGGAGAAGUGAAACUUCGAAAUAAAUCGAAAGAUCUGGUUAGUGUGGAUCGGCGAGGAAAAUGUAUAUCGGAGCAAUAUGUAAAGGAACGGAAAAGUAACGCCUCCAAACAGUUUUCCUACAAUAAGCUGGUAAACGAGAAUCACUCGAAGCAUCAACAACACCUAGUGAAAGAUGCUAAAAACCGUCCACUUCGUCCACCGCAACCACAGGCAUCUACAGCCACGGAAGGCAUUCUGAUUGAUCUUUCGUCGCCGAAUGAUGAAGCGACGUUUGGUGGUGGUGGUGCUGCUUCCGGCACAGUUUCGGCAGCCAGCUCUUUCCGACAAGUAACCAGCAUUCUGGAUGAACCGAUUGACAUCCCAACGGAGGGUGAGGAUCAUUUUGGGCAGCAGCACCACUCACAGCAGCAUGAACAGCAGCUUCAAGUGGCUGCCGUUGUGAAUUAUCGAUCCGUUUCACCCGUUCCGUCCAUAGCGGCGAAGCUCGAACCACCACCUUAUCAAAUGCCACCGAAGUACAGUAACACGUACGGAAUCGUGCAUGACAGUACGUUGAAUCUCAGCAUUGCUACGGAACCGGAUCCUUUUGCUCCACAGCAGCAGCAACAGCAGCUGCAGCAGAAACAAGAACCGCUAGUCACAUCCGACUACGAGAGUGGUCCGUCUAGCUCGAUCAGUGCACGAGAUUUAAUGGCAAGCAUCAAGCGACAGCAAACGAUUGAUCAAUCCGUACCGCCUCCUUCUAUGGGAGUUUAUGGAAACUUACGUGGUUCCGUAUCGAACAUCAACUCGAACUAUGGUCGCGUUGGUACAGAUUUAGAUGGGCUUACGGCCGAUAUGCUUUCGUCGUUUAACAACGGUGCAAGUGGAAGCGGUCUUAGUUCCCCUGGCAGUAGGGACGUGUACAACGAUUCGCUUGAAGUGAACGUCAGUAGCAGUAGUGGUGCAAACGUUGAUAAUGGAAUAAUGUCCCCAUAUGGGGGAUCAACUACCCAACUAAACGUUAUGCCCAAAAAGCUCGGUAAAUCUUUCUUAGCACAAUUAGAGAAGGAUAUCUACAAGCAGGAACCAACGGCAGGGAAUAGCAUGAACAGCUCAGUCGCGUAUGCAGCCCGCAACAGUGCGAAAGAUAUCUCACUAUCAAAGUACGACACAACGGCAAAUCUGGCGAUGAGUCAAAUUUACGCCAAUCAAGCCAACUCCAUUGCCCUGGCGGCAUCCCUCCAGCAACAGCUCACACUUUCGCCAAAGAAACAGAACAUCAUGCAUCAGCAUCAAUCUUCCUCCGAUACUAACUCGCUAGUGCAGCAGCUGUGGGCCGAACGGAACAAUGUGGCCACGGUACCGGUGGGAACGGAAACGGUACAGCAACAAUCACACAUUUCUCCGCAAAAGACGCACAAUUUUGUUGCUCUCUCGAAUGGCGCCACACCGCUACAGUACGGUUCGAUGGCAAGUCUUUCCGGUCCGAAUAUCUACAGUUCCGUUUACAACGGUAGCAUUGCAUCGGAUGUAUAUCAGACGGUCGGUGGUGAUCUGUACGAUGUAGUGGCACCGACGCCCGCCUCUCUAUAUGAGCGUGUUCCGACACAGCAGGUCUACAACAACGUUUCGAAUCAGGUGUCUAUGGCACCCGCCAUCUACGACGAAGUAUCCAACGAACUUAGCGAUUUGCGACCCAUUCGUCCGGCCCCAUCGGCACCACUCUCUGCGCAACAAAUCCAGCGACGAUUGGAUCGUUUGGCACAGCAAGAUCAACAGGUGGCCAACUUAAUGCAGGAGCUUGGCGAUGAAGCAAAUGAAGAGGAGGCCCGAAAUUCACUAACGGCUGUGCACUGGGAUCACACGUUGGCGGUGCGGCACUUUAAAAUUGAGCGACUUUGUCGACUUGGGCUUGCCAAUCGUACGCGUUGCGAGGAGGCACUUCAAAAAACUGGCUGGAGCAUUCAGCUGGCUGCCUCAAUCCUACUAGAAACCUAACCGGGCUAAUACAAUGGGUUCAAUUACAGUGCUUUUUAGCAGUUUUGCUUAAGGGCUGGACAUUGCUAGCAAACAAUUUCACUAUUGCAUUGCUAAUUGCGUCCUUUCGUGAGAGGAUUUUACAAAAAAAAAAACAAAAGUCAAUUUAAUUUUUAUUCUCUCGAAUACUGCAUGAUAUAUACAGUGAAUUAUAGCGAAAUCUCUUGGAGACAUGCGAAUGCGUAAAUGCGUCUCUGGCUAUGUAACAAGUAUUAAUAUAUGAAUGUUUUCAAUCCACGACAGGCAUAGGCGGUCGUUAUUGUUUCGCCACCGCGCUUCUGUAAAUAUUAUAUGUUAGAUAUAUUUAAGAAACAUUUAAGAUUUUGUUAGCAAAUUAACUUGUGAAACAUAUCUCACUACGUUUACGAAGCAAAUGAGUACUGUAACUCUACGAUAAUAUAUGAAGAUGGGCAAAGAUACAGGAAUGCUAAAGAAGGUGCUCGUUCAGAGCAGCCAAUGUUAAGGUGCAAGCAAUGUUGGUCCUUUAGUAUAGUGUAGCAUUCAUUUAUUUAGUUCCAUCAGCUGUUACAACAUUUCCUUUAGCUGUGCAGUCCUUGAAUUUCAUAGGCAAUCGAUGUAAAUCUCUAUGUAAAUCUCGUCUCUACUGAGCUAUAUGUGCCUAAGUUUAACCUUUUCCUUGCAGGAACCUUAAAAAGUAGCCUAUCCAUAAUUGGCUAAUAAUGCAAAUAUACUUAUAUUUUGAAUAAAUCGUUAUCAACAAAAUAUACAA